CACUUACUCUGCCUCAGCCGCUAUUUAAUGCGACUUCGUCUUCAUGCGCUACUCCCAUGAACACAUCGCUUUCAGUUUGCAAUCAUUUAGGUAAGAAAUAACAUAAAAAGGGAGGAUUUAGGCGUGUCUUUAGGCGGACUAAAAAACAAUAGAAAACACGGAAGUUCACCAAAACUGCCAGGGAGCCUCCACAAACACACAGUCGGUUUAAUGGAGAUGAACUAAACACGACGGGUCACCACCGGGGAUGCUGAGCGCGUCACGAAAAACGUCUUGUUUACUCUUUCGACCAUUGGAUGUGAUCUCAAGAUAGUUCAGUAUCUACUUCUACAUUUAAAUCAAUAACCAGGCUCCAGAGUCACAAUGAGUGCUGCAGUCAGUGGGGGUCAAGAGCCCUCCAUCUCUACUGGUGAUCCAGGACUCAGUGUAAACGAUGUCAGUCAGCUGAUCAUGGAGUUCCUGAUGUUCAUAACGAGAGCGAUUGUCCUGUGCUAUCCCGUAUACCUGACCGGCUCUCUAGGACUCAGCAUCAGCUGGAUUCUUCUGAUCAUGCUCAUGUGGACCAUGUGGAAAAACAACCGCAGGUGGAAAGAUCAGAGGAUCGAUACAGCUAUUGACUUUUUGGAAAACGAGAAGGACGUGAUCAGGAAUGAACUCAAAGCCAUGAACAUGCCAGCUUGGAUUCACUUCACAGAUGUUGAGAAGGCUGCUUGGAUCAACAAGAUUCUUCAGCAAGCAUGGCCGUUCUUUGGCAUGUACAUGGAAAAGCUUCUCGUGGAAAACAUUCAGCCAUCUGUAAGAUUGUCCAACCCCCAUCUGAAGACCUUCACCUUUACAAAAGUCCACAUGGGACAGAAGGCUCCAACUAUUACAGGGGUACGAGUGUACACACAUGAGCUGGAAACAAGAGAGGUCAUCCUUGACCUCAACAUUACUUAUGAAGCUGAUGUAGACAUUGAUGCAGAUGUUAGAGCAGCCAUCAAAGUUGGAGUCAAAGGCCUUCAGCUUCAGGGAAUGCUACGAGUAAUUCUCGAGCCUCUGAUUGGCCAGGCACCAAUCGUAGGUGGAGUCACCAUGUUCUUCAUUCGUCGACCCGCUCUGCAAGUCAAUUGGACUGGAAUGACUAACGUUUUGGAUGGUCCAGGACUAAGUCAUCUGUCAGAGUCGGCCAUUGUGGAUAUCAUCGCCUCUCUCAUGGUUCUGCCCAAUCGUAUGUGCUUCCCUCUGAUUGAUCAAAUCAAGGUUGAUCAAAUGAAGUUUCCUCUUCCUCGAGGUGUCGUACGGGUCCAUGUUUUGGAGGCCCGUGAUCUUGUGGCCAAAGACACGCACAUGAUGGGACUUGUAAAGGGCAAGUCAGAUCCAUAUACUGUGCUGAGGGUCGGAAACAAGCAAUUCAAAACGAAGACCAUCAAAGAAAAUCUGAAUCCACGCUGGAAUGAAGUUUAUGAGUUUGUCAUUCAUGAAGCCCCUGGGCAAGAGUUGGAGGUGGAACUUUAUGAUGAAGACAAAGAUGCUGAUGACUUUUUGGGCAGGUUCAGUCUGGAUUGUGGGGAUGUGAGAAAAGACAGAGAGAUAGAUGAGUGGUUCACCCUGGAGGACAUAGAGUCUGGUCAGAUACAUAUGAAGUUGCAAUGGUUUUCUUUGCACACAAACCAAGCACUACUGCAGGAGACCAGUGAUGGGCUCGCGUGUGCCAUGUUGGCAGUAUACCUGGACAGUGCCUCUAAUCUGCCUAAAGACCAUCGUGAAUUCACCCAUAAUGAAAAGCAUGGAAAACCACCCAAAGUAGCUCGGCUUACCAGAAGAACUAAUGAUCCUAACUCAUAUGUGGAGUUUUUCAUUGAUCAGUCAAAAAAAAGUCAAAAAAGCAAGGUUGUGUUUGCCUCAAAAGACCCAACUUUUGAUGAAUGCUUCACAUUCUUUGUGCACAGUGUGAAUAACCAAGUGUUGAAUGUUGAGGUAAAAGAACACGAGAAGAAAUCCUCGCUGGGCAAACUCUCUCUGCCAUUGGUCUGGCUGCUCAAUGCACCGGACAUGGCCCUGGACAAGCGCUUUCUGCUGGAGCGCUCCGGAACCAACAGCCAGAUCAAGAUGAAAGCUGUUCUCAGGAUUCUUACGCUGGAGAAAAGGAAACCAGAGGUUGCCACUCCACCAGCUCCGGCUGAGGAAAAAGACUCAUCUACCCAAACUCGCCCUGAGCCCCAAACUCCAGCUCCAGCUCAACCUGUACAGAGCGUCCUGAAAGAAAAAGUGCCGGUUUCAUUUGUCCCACUCUCCAGAACACAGACAGUUCCUGCCCCCAUGCCAUCUUCGGUCAGCUCCUAUAAUGAACUCCAAGCGGAGUAUACACCCUACCGACGAAGCACUAUCGUGGGCUCCUCCUCUCCUGCAUUUCACCCCUCCACCCCAGGUCAAAUUCAUCGCUACGAUUCCCAAAGCCUGUUUUCGGAGAACUCAAUCAUUUCUUCUCGUCUCGAUCUAACGGACAAUGCUUUUUAUCCAGAGGCCAUCUUGAAUCAUCAGGGUAGCUUUGGACAGAUCCAUCUCACAUUGCGUUAUGCCACCUUAAGGAAGCGGCUCAUUGUGAUUGUCAGCAGCUGCAAGGAUCUGUUCUCCUGCAGCGAGAGCAGCUCUGAUACUUACGUCCGCAUGUAUCUGCUGCCUGAUCAGACGUGGAAGCACCGCAGGCGCACUGUAGUUAAAAAGAAGACCGUCAACCCUGUCUUCAAUGAGACAUUUGAGUUUGCUGUGUCAUUGGAGGAAGCGAGAACAAGGAAUUUGGAUGUUGCCGUAAAAAACAAUAAAAUGCUUCACAAAAGAGAGCGUAAGGAGAUUGGAAUGGUUUUGAUCAAUAUGUCUGAAAUGGAUCUCAUCAAGGGUGUCACAGAAUGGUAUGAACUUACUCUCCCUGGGUUAAAGAAGACAAACUAGGAGAACUGAGGUCAGCUAGUCACAAAAUAACAGAGCAAAUUUCUUAUUUCCUCAUAAUUUUAUUUUUACCUGCUGAAAGCUGCUAAAAACUACUUCGAUGAGACGGACUAAGCACUUUGACACUGACUUGGUGAUUUGAAUACAUAAUUCCCUCAUC